AUGAUCUUUUAUUUCAACUAAAAGUAGAUAGAUAAAGAAAUGUUUUAAUUAAAUAAGAGCCUCUUAGCUGCUGCCUGCAACUCAUGAUGUCUUCUUGCAAUGAAGAUGCUGAUACGAAACAGAGAAUUAGCGGAGAAUUAUACACCGCUGUAGUGGAGGGUGAGAAGGAGAAGGUGUUAGAACUGUGCUCUAAAGUUUCUGAUCAUGCAUUGCACAGAAUAACAGUAAAUGAAGAUACUGUGCUCCACAUGGCUACCUACGCCAAAAAAGCCGAUUUGGUACUGAAAUUGCUAGACGAAUUGCCUGAAUAUCAUCUAGAUAAAAUGACCCGCCAAAAUGGUGUUGGAAGCACUAUGCUCCACGAAGCUGCCACAAACAACAAUGCGAUCCCUAUUGCUGAUAAACUGCUAAAGAAGGCACCCGGACUGUUAGGGAUGCGCGACAGCAAUGGAGAAACUGCUCUGUUUCGAGCAGCCCGCUAUGGCAAGACAGCAAUGUUCAAGUUUCUUGCUUCUAAAAUCGCCCAAUAUGACCAAGUUAGUCAGCAAUUCUAUCUUCAGAGGAUUGAUAAAACCACUGUUCUUCACAUGUCCAUUAUUUCUCAGCACUUCGAGUUGGCAUGGCAUAUUGCGAAUGAGUACUUAGGUUGCACGGAAACGGGAGGCGGGAGCGUUUCCCCGUUCCGGAAACGUUAG